CCCACUUCGAAAACCCCAUAGAACCAAAAAAAUACCGUGAAUUUCGCGUCGUAUUAGGAUCUGACAAAGUUCACGGUCAAAAUACUAUUUGUGAAUACUAGAAUUUUUAGAAUUACGCGUAUCACUUGCAAAUGUCGAAUCGCUCUCUCCGCGAACGCGCGUGUGCUAACUCCGGUGCAUUUUCUUAGUGUAAAGUGCAGCGAUGGCCUCGAAGGUACUCGUGCCUGGAGUGCCUUUCGCUUCGCUCCAGGGAAAGGUGACAAAGACACCUGUAGAGCAACAUGGCAGCGGGCUGUACAUCAGUGGAGGUGACCCAGUCGCGAGGAUCGCCCACCUCGAGCACAGCGUUCGGUUCCUGCAGGAGCAACACCGCCUGAUGCUCAGUGGCCUUCAUGCCGAAAUCGAGUCAUUGCGAGAGAGAAAUAGAGACUUACAAUUUCAACUGAUAUUCAACAAAGAGCCUGCGAAAAAUAGCUCGACUAGUGAUGAAAACGAAAACCUGGUGUCAUCUCUGCGACGAGAGGUUGAGCGGUUGGAAAGGGAGGCAGCAGCAGCUCGAGCUGAAGCUACAGCCUGCUCCCACGACUUAUUGGGGCUGCAACGCCUUGUCGACGAACAGGCCAACAAGCUGCGGUCUCUAGAGGAGGAAGCAACGGAAAGUGAGGAAGGGGAAAGCGCUGGGGCUCUACGCGCGCGGCUGGGCGAAGCAGAGCGGCUGGUCCGGAGGCUUCGAGCGGACGCCGAGCGGCAGCGCAGAGAGGUACUCGGGGGCGCGGGCGUCACCAACCUACUGUUCGACGGCGCGCCCGCACACCACGCGCACUUGCAGUGUAUGAAAAGCUCGCUGAUGCGCGCAGGCGCAGUCGACGCAUUUGGCUUUCCCACUAUGCCAGCCCCAUACCUCCAUACAGCAGAUUUUUGGAGAGAGCCUUUGAGAGAAGAGUACAGCAUGCGAGGUGGAGGACGACAAAGACGACCCAACACACUUCCAGCACUCGCAGUCCUACCACAGCAGCCCCGCCCACCCGCAUAUGCUCACAGCUAUUUCACAGAUUUGCGAGCGCGGGGAUAUACAGAAAGAGUAAAAAAGUCGCAAACACUGAACGGAGAGUCCUAUACUGGAAAGAGCCCGGAAGAGACAGAUCACCCACGAAUAAAUCCAGUUAUAACAGAUAAUUUACAGAAAAUCAACCCUGAGGCCACAUAUCCCGAAUUAAAAAUUGUGGUCACUAAAAUAAUUCCACACGGAAAUGUUAACACAUCGUCGUCGCUAACGGGCGCGCGGCCGCGAGCUCGUCGCACGCACCGCAAACACGCAUCCGAGCACACGUAAUGCAACGGAGUGCCCUCUCACAAAUAUAGCUUUUGUUUAUCAUCGGUGAAAGUAUGAAACUUGAACGUUUGACAAAGUGCUGCCAAAUUUUAAAACGUGUUAGCUUUAUAAGGGGUUAUUUUGUGUCAGUGAUUGAGAAUGCCUUUUCGCAAGUAAAGCACUGAUAUGGAAUUCAAGACGAAUGUAAUAAUUAUUUCAUUUACUGUAAAAUUUAAAUUUUAUUAUCUGAUUCCAUUUUAGUGGCGUGACAGCUAAAUGCCCUUCCAAAUAUCCUUCCAUUCGAAGCUCUAUUGAAUUUUGAACAUUAUCAAUAUCCGAACGACAUUUUGAAUAAUAUAUACCUAUUGCUAUUUAACGUUACAUUAUACGAAAAAAUUAUAUGUUAAGUCAUAGUACAUAUACUAAUAUGUAUAUUUGUAUGGGGAACAUAUUAUAUUUCAUUGCAUUGCUAAAACAUAAAAUUUUAACUCUGGACCGCGUUGGGAAUACCCUUAUAUACACAUUAAGUUGCUGUGUGGUCUGAGUAAUACAAUUAUGUAAAAUAGUAUAUAAAUAGGCUGUGAUUUGUACCUACUUAUAUAAAAACACGUACUUGUUAUUCCAAUACGUAGUGGGCGAUCAAUAUAAUGUAGUAAUUGCACAAAUAACACGGUUUUAUUAUAUUAAAUUAGAGAUUGAAGUCAAUUGACACCAGUUUUAAUAAACGUUUUAUCAAUAAUUGGAUUAAUAAGUAGACUGAAGUAGAUAAUAAUGCAAUCGGCAAGUUAUUGAAAGGAAGUCACUGUCUGGAAAAAAAAGAUGUCGUUAGAUGGCGCCUCUAGCUCUUAUGCAGUCAAUAGCAAAAUAGAUGGUAUGUAACUGUGAUUUGAUUAUUAUUUGUGCCUCACGGAAGCAAUACAAUUUUGAAUAGGUACGUCGCAAUCCAUCACACAUUGUAAUCGUCCUGUGCAUUUUGCUGUAGUUUUUGCGCAAGGCACCGCCUUAAAAAAUAUAAAGUAAUGUUAUAUACCCUCUAAAGAAAUAAGACAAUUUCAUAUAAAUAUUUUGUUCCAUUUUCGAUGGUAAUACUAUUCUAAUCUACGCUCCAAACAAUGAACAUUUGUUAAACAUCAUAGUAACAGUACCAAGGACGUUGUUUAAAUCUAGUCUUCUAUUUAGCUGCAUUUGUGAGAGUGAUGACGUAAUCUGAACACUAUUCUGUAGCCUUAUUUCAUAAUCGUAAAUAAUUAUUAAUUACUUAUAUAAUAAAUGAAUUAUAUUUACUGUC